GCGAUGGGCGGGGUGUUGCCGGCGCUGCGAUGGCUGCCCGCGGGUGCCCGAAUAACCGAGCCUCUGGCCCAGCUCAGAGCCCGGCCACUUGACGCCGCCAGUGGGCGGUGUCCACCGGGCAGCUUCCGCCUCUGUCAUGUAUCCGCCAGCGCCGCCGGCGCCGCAUCGGGACUUCAUCUCAGUGACGCUGAACUUUGGCCAGAGCUACGAUGGCAGCAAAAGCCGGCGGCGCCGCUCGUGUUGGAGGAAAUGGAAGCAGCUGUCGCGGUUACAGCGGAACGUGAUUCUCCUGGUGCUGGCGUUUCUGGGGCUUGGCGGACUCCUGUCCUACAUCAGCGUGGCGGACCAGUGGAAAGCUCCGAACGGCAGGUCGGCGGACGAGCAGAGGAUGAGGCCGGCAAACCCACCCGUCCUGCCAGCUCCCCAGAAGGCAGAGGCUAACCCAGAAAACGUCCCGGGAGUGCUACCUCAGGCGACUCGAAGACAUUUCCGUCGGGGACCUCCCAACCUGCAGAUCAGAGCCCCAAAUAAAGACUCGGAGGACAGGAGACUGGAUGCCACCCAGAGGCAGGAAGGGACAGAGGACGCCACUCAGCGGGAAGAGCACCCCCAGAGAACCCUCGUCAGCUGGAGGGGGGCCAUGAUUGAGCCGGAACAGGGCACUGAUGUCCCCGCGAGAAAGGCAGAGGCGCCCACCAGGACUCAGAACCAACCAGCUCCCCCAAACGAGCGCCAAAAGGCCGUGAUAGAUGCCUUCCGCCAUGCCUGGGCUGGGUACCGCAAGUUCGCCUGGGGCCACGACGAGCUGAAGCCGGUGUCCAGGUCCUACAGUGAGUGGUUCGGACUCGGCCUCACACUCAUCGAUUCCCUGGACACCAUGUGGAUUUUGGGUCUGAAGAAAGAGUUUGGGGAGGCCAGGCGGUGGGUGUCCAAGAAGUUACGGUUUGAGAAAGACGUGGACGUCAACCUGUUUGAGAGUACCAUCCGGGUCCUGGGGGGCCUCCUGAGUGCUUACCACCUGUCUGGGGACGCGCUCUUCCUGCAGAGAGCCGAGGACUUCGGCAAUCGGCUGAUGCCUGCGUUCCAGACGCCCUCCAAAAUCCCGUACUCCGACGUCAACAUUGGCACUGGCGUUGCCCACCCGCCCCGGUGGACGUCUGACAGCACAGUGGCCGAGGUGACGAGUAUUCAGCUGGAGUUCCGAGAGCUCUCUCGUCUCACAGGAGUUAAGAAAUUUCAGGAAGCCGCGGAGGAGGUGACGAGGCGCGUCCACGCCCUGUCCGGGAAGAAGGACGGGCUGGUGCCCAUGUUCAUCAGCACCCACAGCGGCCUCUUCACCCACCUGGGCGUGUUCACCUUGGGCGCCCGGGCCGACAGCUACUAUGAGUACCUGCUGAAGCAGUGGAUCCAGGGCGGCAAGCAGGACACGCAGUUACGGGACGACUACCUGGAAGCCGUGGAGGGAAUCCGAAAGCACCUGCUGCGCAGAUCGGAGCCCAGCAAACUCACUUUCGUUGGGGAGCUCGCCCACGGCCGCUUCAGCGCCAAGAUGGACCACCUGGUGUGCUUCCUGCCAGGGACACUUGCUCUGGGCGCCCACCACGGCCUGCCGGCUGACCACAUGGAGCUGGCACGGGCGCUCAUGGACACCUGCUACCAGAUGAACAGGCAGAUGGAGACGGGGCUGAGCCCCGAGAUCGUGCACUUCAACCUGCACCCACAGAAAGCCCAGAAGGACGUGCAGGUCAAGCCAGCCGACAGGCACAACCUGCUGCGGCCUGAGACGGCGGAGAGCCUGUUCUAUCUGUACCGCCUGACCGGGGACCCCAAGUACCAGGACUGGGGCUGGGCCCUCCUGCAAAGCUUCAACACCUACACACGGGUCCCCUCCGGUGGCUAUUCUUCCAUCAGCAACGUCCAGGAUCCCCACAACCCCCAGCCCAGGGACAAGAUGGAGAGCUUCUUCCUGGGGGAGACGCUCAAGUAUCUGUACCUGCUCUUCUCCGACGACACGGACCUGCUCAGCCUGGACGCCUAUGUGUUCAACACUGAAGCUCAUCCACUGCCCAUCUGGGCCCCCGCCUAGGAGUGGGCACUGCCCGGGGCCUGUUGGCCACAUCUGUCAGCAGGACCCUCGCCCUGGCCAAGUCCGCCCUCCUUGACCUUAGCUGCGCAGUGUCCACCCAGCUGGCUGGACGUGCUCCAGGCCAGGCUGGGGACAGGCCAGCAGGCAGCUGGGCCAGGAUGUCAUAGGGCCCGUGAGCUGCUGGGGCGGUCGCUGUCCCCGGGCUCCUUGUCUGUGGUUCCCAUGGGGACAGCGUUAGGGACGAGGAGGAGGACCCAGUGCUGUGGUUCAGGGAGUCCAGCCUCCCUUUUCCUCCUACCCCCCGAGAAAACUCAAAUCGUGACCUACAUUCCUGAAACUGGACAUCCUCCUGUCAGCCGGUACCAGGGCUUCCUGGGGGCCCCGGGGCCAUUGUGUUGUGUUCCGAGACAAGAGCCGAGGAGACAUGGGGAUGCCACUCGCCUCAGGGUUGUGGCCUGUGAACGUGUGCUGACCCGAGGCCUGGGGGGGCUGUCUGUGGACACCCCUGAGCCGAGGGCAUGGGGAUCCAGGCUCGUGGCUGGCUGUGGUGUUUACGUGUUGGACUCAGGGACCCUCCCCACCCUGCCAGGGCGGGGAGGGGUGAGGGGUGGGUGGCGAGUUCACCCCGCUCCCAGGCCACCCGGAUGGAAUGGACUUUUCAGUCGGGAUAAAAGAUUUGUUCUAAUUGGUGUC